AUGAAAGGCGCGAGGGGCGCACCCGGCGGCCUGGCGCCGCGCCAGUGCCCGGCACCGGGCCGCAUGGCGGCGAUGGCUGGCCAGCUGCUUUCCGGCGGGCGCAGUCAGGUGCACGUGGCGAUGCGCCACCCGGAGCGGCAGCACAGGCAGGGAGGCAGGCAGGAAGAGGGGGGCCGGCCGGGUUGUGUCCACGUUUGUGCUGCUGAAAGAAAGGAGUCCCCCUAUGAGGCCCUUGACAGGAGGAUGAGGGAGUCGAAGCGUGUGCAGGAGAGGGUAAUUGAGAUUCACAACGAAGAGGACUUCGAAAGGGAGGUGAAACAGGCUGGCAAGAAUCUGGUGGUGGUUGAAAUGGACUCGGAUGUUGUGUGCCAAUCUGGGAUAGAAGAGGAAGAGCCUGAACUGCAUUGGAAGCUUGACAGAGAUGCCAAAGAGAACGAGCUGUGGGAGCAAUGCAAGCACGUGAAACACGUUUUCCAGAGGACAGCAAGGGAGUGUACAGAUGUCAAAUUCUUGCAACUGAAGGCUGACACACCUGAUGGUUCAAAGCUGUGCGACAAACUGUGUGUGGAUGUACUGCCAACGCUCCAAUUCUACAGAGAUGGCAAGCUGCUUUGGGAGCACAAAGGGGCUGUGGAAAUGCCAGAGGACCUUGGGGAAGGUGUGCUGUUCUAUGGGAACACAGCUGCUGGUGGAGAGAAAGCCACUAAGCAUGUUCAGGAGAUCCACACAAUAUCAGACCUGGAGUCCUUCCUGGGCAACACACAACAGGAUAGCACCCUGUCAGUCAUUGACAUCUCACUCACAAGUGCCCUGCCUUGCAUACGAAUGUUCCCUGCAGUUGUCGCCCUCGCAAAGAACUUCAAGGGCUAUGCUGCUUUUGCAAGGCUGCUUGGAGAUGAGAGUGAGGAGACUAAAGCGAUGAUGGGCAAGCUGGGGAUCAGGGAGGUGCCCACUUUUCUGUUCUUUCGAAGGGGCAAGCUCGUCGACAAACACGUGGGUUCCAGCCGUGCAGACCUAAUCGGCCACAUCCUGGAGCUCCAAAGCAUCGAAGGCAUUCCCCCGCCUCCACCAGGAGGCCAGGCCAGCAGGGGCAGGGCGGCAGAAAAGAGAAAACAGCCAUCUGGUGUUACCAAUUAG